CUGGACCUAUAUUAGCCCAAACAUUAAACUUGGGAUAAAUAUUAACAAUUUCCUAAAGUACAUGUGUAAAUAUGAUCAUUUUCUUUUCUAAUGAUUCUGUUAGCUGAAUUGAAAACAAGGGCAAAUGUGUGCCAGUUUUGUAAUGGCGAGGGUAUGAUUGACCCAACUUUAAAGGAGGGUAAAAGUAGACCAUUUCACAAACGACAAGGGCAAUUUGGGCCUUUUCCUUUUUUUCUUUUGAAGUUUGGCAGAGGAUAUCAAUAACAUCCGACUGGUGUUAAUGUCAGUGUUUUCUUAUUCAACAUUUGAAUUUGCAUGUUUUCUUUGGUUUUUGAUUAUAGCUUGUUUGAGGGCUGUCUUUCUUGAUGCAUAUGUUAUUUUGACCCACUGCACGCAUGCUUCCAUGUUCCAUCCUAGACUGUACAGCUGGAAGUUACUGAUAUCUAUUCCUGAGAUACGGUAUGUUCAGCUUUUUGACUUGACCUGCUUCCAUUCUGUUUUCAUUGGGGACAGAGGGCGGAUGCAUCAACUGACUGGAGAGAAUUUACAAGUCCUCAGGGAAAAAAGUGUGUAACUUAUAUAGGUAUUACUACAACAAGGUUACUAGAAAGUCAAAAUGGAAAAUGCCUGAUGAAGUCAAGUUGGCUCGUCAGAGUAUGAAAGUGGAUUUAGUCAAGGGAUUGGGAAAAGAAAGGGACAGUAUUUCACACGCUUCUGAUUUUGGAUCCAUUUCUGGUGUGAAAACAUCACCCCUCAGUGCAAAUGGUUCACCAGUCUCAGCACAAGGAGCUAUGUCAAGCCCAAUUGCUGUGGCACCAGUUUCUAACUUACCAACUAUUGUGGCUUCAGAAUCAUCAAGUUUAUCUGGUAAUAUUUCUUCCCUGACGAUUGGUGCAGUCGAAAUGCAGAAUUCUUUGGAACCUGCCUCGCCAGCUGUUGCUACUUCAGAGAAAAAUGGAACAGCAGUAACCUUGGAAAAUUCUGUUGCAACACCAGUGACUAGUUCUGAGUUUCCUUCAGCUCAGGACUCAGUAGUGUAUGAAGAUGGAGUUUCUCUGGAAAAUACGGAGGAAGUUAAGAAAGAUGCUACGGUAUCUGAAACAGGAAGUGCUACUCCAUCAGAAGAGAAAACAGUUGAGCCGGGACCAUUAGUUUAUGAGAGCAAAGCGGAGGCAAAGAGUGCAUUCAAAAUUCUUCUGGAGUCUGCAAAUAUUGGGUCUGACUGGACGUGGGAUCAGGCAAUGAGAGCAAUAAUCAAUGACCGGAGAUAUGGUGCUCUAAAAUCUCUUGGUGAGCGGAAGCAAGCUUUUAAUGAGUAUCUAAGCCAUAAGAAAAAACUGGAAGCUGAAGAGAGACGUAUUAAACAGAAGAAAGCUCGGGAAGAUUUCAGGAUAAUGUUAGAAGAGUGCAAGGAGCUGGCACCAUCUACAAGAUGGAGUAAGGCAAUCUCCAUAUUUGAACAUGAUGAACGUUUUAAAGCUGUUGAACGAGCAAAAGAUCGUGAGGACCUUUUUGAAGAUUAUAUGGAGGAACUUGAGAAAAAGGAGCGUGCAAGGGCAUUGGAGGAGCAGAAGCGCAACCGAGUGGAGUAUUUAGAAUUUUUAAAAUCCUGUGACUUUAUUAAGGCCAGCAGCCAGUGGCGGAAAGUUCAGGACCGCUUAGAAGAUGAUGAAAGAUGCUCUUGCCUUGAGAAAAUUGACCGUUUGGAGAUUUUCCAGGAAUAUAUACGUGAUUUAGAGAGGGAAGAGGAGGAGCACAGGAAACUGCGGAUGGAUGAAAUGAGGAAAGCAGAACGUAAAAAUCGUGAUGAGUUCCGAAAACUGAUGGAAGAGCAUGUUGCUGCGGGAAUACUUAAUGCAAAAACUAACUGGCGUGAUUAUUGCAUUAAGGUCAAAGAUUUACCUGCAUAUCUGGCUGUCUCAUCAAAUACCUCAGGGCCAAAAGCAAAAGACUUAUUUCAAGAUGUUUUUGAUGAGCUGGAGAAACAGUAUCUUGAUGACAAGUCACGCAUUAGAGAUGCAAUUAGGAUGGCUGAGAUAGGACUGACAUCAACCUGGACGCUUGAAGAUUUUAAGGUUGCAAUUUCAAAGGAUAUUAGCUCUCCACCAAUAUCAGAUACCAACUUAAAGUUUGUCUUUGAAGAGUUACUGGAAAGGGCCAGGGAGAGAGAAGAAAAAGAAGCUAAAAGACGUAAACGUCUAGCAGAUGAAUUCUAUGAACUUCUGCAUACAUCAAAGGAAAUUACUGCAUCAUCAAAAUGGGAGGAUUGCAAAUCCAUCUUCGGAGAUAGAAUAAUGGGCGAAGAGAGCUUUCUUCUGGAAAUAUUUGACAAAUUCAUUAGUGAACUAAAAGAAAAGGCAAAAGAGAAGGAGCGGAAGCGGCAAGAGGAUAAGGCAAGAAAAGAGAAGGAAAGGAAAGAUAGAGAAAAGAAGAAGGAAAAGCAUAGAAGGGAUAAAGACAGAGGGGAUAAAAGCAGAAAAGAGAGGGAAAGAACCAAGAAAGAUGGCACAGACAGCGAGAAGGCUGAUACAUACAGUUUCGAGGAGAUCAAAAGGUUAGGAAGUGACAGAGAUAAGAAACACCGCAAGCGGCAUAUGAGUUCCUUUGAUGACAAUGAAAAUGAGAAAGAUCAUUCAAGAAAUUCUUACAGACAUGAUAAUGAUCAUAAGAAGUCAAAACAGGUCGACCAGCACGUGUGGAGUUCUGAAGUUAAUUCUGAGGGCCAGCAUAAGAAACAAAAGCGAGAUCAUCGGAGUGGUUCUCUUAGGGAUGGUGACAAUGAGGAUCAUAAAGAUGGGGAAUUUGGUGAGGAUGGAGAAGUUCGGUAGCUUUUUUGCUCUCAAAAUGACCUUUUAUAUGUUCAUUUUGUUGUGUAAAUAUAAAGUAGCAAUGAUAUAUUGUCCCCUCCCCCACCUUCCCAAAAAAGAAAAAGGAAAAAGGACUUGAUGAUAAUGUUAUUUGGCAAUUGAUUGUAGUUGCAGCAAAGUCAAUUCUUGUUUUGGUUUAGAUAUUUUACAAGCAGAUGUUCUGGUGGCAUUAUUUAGCUCAGGAAUAUAAUUUGGAAGGUGCUGAUUCAUGCAUCAACUUCUUUUA